CGUUGCCAAGUCAAAUGUUUUCGUGUUAGCAUUUUCGCGACACUUUGCAUCCAAAUCACAUAAAUUAUUCCUUUAAAUGAUUAACAGUGACGCUUCCUGCGCUAGUUUAGCUUCUCGUCGGCGACAAAGUGAUCGGCAGGUCGCUAAAGUGUUGUGAUUGUGUGAAAAUGUGCAAAGUAGAAAUGCUGAGAGUGUUGGUGAAGCAGCGACUAACUGCUGCUGUGGAAGAAAUAUUUGUAGUGUUAGAAAGAACCAUAGCAGAAUACGAGGAGGAACUUUCUAGAAGAAAAGAGGAGAACGAGCGACAACGUCAACUACUGGACGCUCUUUUCAACAAACAUCAAGUUGUGGCUCACAGAACAGCAGUACAAACAAUGGAGGACACUGGCAGGGGUGGACCAGCAGAAAGUUCCGGAGAAGAACUUCUUCCCCAUGAGCAGCAGGGCUGGAGCUUCUGGGAGGAGCAGAAGGAGCCGCAUCCCCCCUACGUUAAAGAGGAAGAGGAGAAGGCCGGCCCCAGUCAGGAGAGAGAGCGUCUUGAAGGUCUGGAGGAGGCCAAGUUGCCAUUGAGUGGUGUCAUGGUGAAGAGUGAAGAUGAUGAGGAUGAACUUCACUCAUGGCGGCUUCAUCACAGACGCUCUCCGUCGGACGACGACUUGAGCGACAGCGAUGACAAGGACUGCAAAGUGGACGCCGACCACACACACUUGAAAUGCUCGCAGUGUGACAAAACUUUCAGCGACAACUCAACUCUGAAACGACACAUGAGAUGCCACACGGGAGAGAAACCCUUCGCCUGCUCGUCUUGCGAGAAACGCUUCUCUCAGAAGGCAUCGUUGGUGAUACACACGAGAACGCACACGGGCGAGAGACCUUACACCUGCUCCGUGUGCAACAAAAGCUUCCGCGAUAAUUCGGCGUUAGUGACGCACAUGAGAACACACACCGGAGAGAAACCGUUCACCUGUCCAUUUUGUGAGAAAAGGUUCGCUCACAAGGGACAUUUAAUAUCGCACACCAGGACACACACCGGGGAGAAACCUUUCACAUGCUCCGUGUGCAACACCAGCUUCAGGGUGCACUCGGUCAUGAUGAUACACAUGCGGACUCACACGGGGGAGAAACCUUUCGCCUGCUCAGUGUGCGGGAAAAGAUUCACUCAAAAGGGAAGCUUGAGUAUACACACCAGAACACAUACGGGAGAGAAACCGUUUCCCUGCUCGGUGUGCAACAAACCUUUCCGGGUUCGCUCGGCACUGGCUACACACAUGAAAACACACAACGCACAACAACCUUGAUGACACUCAUUGUGACCAUGUGACAUCAUUGUGACCAUGUGACAUCAUUGUGACAUCAUUGUGACAUCAUUGUGACCAUGUGACAUCAUUGUGACCAUGUGACAUCAUUGUGACCAUGUGACAUCGGUGCCUGUGUGUGUAACAUGGUGUCGCUGACACAAAUAUCUUGAUAUUUCAAGAAAGUAACAUUAUUUUAUAUAACAGCAGAAAAGUAAACUAUUUCAACUUGAACGGAGAUGUAGUGAUCAGUCAGAGAGGAGGACGAAGUGCUACUGUCCUUAUUUCAGUGUUAGUGUCCUUAUUUCAGUGCUACUGUCCAUUUUUCAGUGCUACUGUCCUUAUUUCACUUACAGGCUGCUCAAAAAGAUUAAUUUUCUAAUUUAAAUACUUUUCACAUUUUCUUGUAUUCAAACAAUAUUUUCCGUAUGUAUGAUGCAAUUUUUUACCAUCCAUAGAUUGGUCACAGCUAGUCUUGGACCUAGAUUAGUCAGAUCUAGUCUUCGACUUAAAUUGGUCACAUCUACAAACCCUGUUUCCAUAUGAGUUGGGAAAUGGUGUUACAUGUAAAUAUAAACAGAAUACAAUGAUUUGCAAAUCCUUUUCAAGCCAUAUUCAGUUGAAUAUGCUACAAAGACAACAUAUUUGAUGUUCAAACUCAAACUUUAUUUUCUUAUUUGCAAAUAAUGAUUAACUUAGAAUUUCAUGGCUGCAAUACAUGCCAAAGUAGUUGGGAAAGGGCAUGUUCAUCACUGUGUUACAUCACCUUUUCUUUUAACAACACUCAAUAAACGUUUGGGAACUGAGGACACUAAUUGUUGAAGCUCUGAAAGUGGAAUUCUUUCCCAUUCUUGUUUUAUGUAGAGCUUCAGUCCUUCAACAGUCCGGGGUCUCCGCUGUCCUAUUUUACGCUUCAUAAUGCGCCACACAUUUUCCAUUGGAGACAGGUCUGGACUGCAGGCGGGCCAGGAAAGUACCCGCACUUUUUUUUUCACGAAGCCACGCUGUUAAAAUGUGUGCUGAAUGUGGCUUGGCAUUGUCUUGCUGAAAUAAGCAGGGGCGUCCAUGAAAAAGACGGCGCUUAGAUGGUAGCAUGAGUAGUUCCAAAACCUGUAUGUUUCUUUCAGCAUUAAUAGUGCCUUCACAGAUGUGUAAGUUACCCAUGCCUUGGGCACUAAUGCACCCCCAUACCAUCACACAUGCUGGCUUUUACACUUUGCGUGGAUAACAGUCUGGAUGGUUCGCUUCGCCUUUGGUCCAAAUGACACUAUGUGGAAUGUUUCCAAAAACAAUUUGAAAUGUGGACUCGUCAGACCACAGAACACUUUUCCACUUUGCAUCAGUCCAUCUUAGAUGAUCUCAGGCUCAGAGAAGCCGGCCUCGUUUCUGGAUGUUGUUGAUAAAUAGCUUUGGCUUUGCAUAGUAGAGCUUUAACUUGCACUUACAGAUGUAGUGACCAACUGUAUUUAGUGACAGUGGUUUUCUGAAGUGUUCCUGAUUCCAUGUGGUGAUAUCCUUUCGGGAUUCACGUCGGUUUUUGAUCCAGUGCUGUCUGAGGGAUGGAAGGUCACGGUCAUUAAAUGUUGGUUUCCGGCCAUGCCGCUUACGUGGAGUGAUUUCUCCAGAUUCUCUGAACCUUUUGAUGAUAUUAUGGAGCGUAGAUGUUGAAAUCCCUAAAUUUCUUGCAAUUGCACUUUGAGAAAGGUUGUUCUUAAACUGUUUGACUAUUUGCUCACACAGUUGUGGACAAAGGGGUGUACCUCGCCCCAUCCUUUCUUGUGAAAGACUGAGCAUUUUUUGGGAAGCUGCUUUUAUAGCCAAUCAUGGCACCCACCUGUUCCCAAUUAGCCUGCACACCUGUGGGAUGUUCCAAAUAAGUGUUUGAUGAGCAUUCCUCAACUUUAUCAGUAUUUUUUGCCACCUUUCCCAACUUAUUGGUCACCUGUUGCAGGCAUCAAAUUGUAAAGUUAAUGAUUAUUUGCACAAAAAAAAAAUAAUGUUUAUGAGUUUGAACAUCAAAUAUGUUGUCUUUGUAGCAUAUUCAACUGAAUAUGGCUUGAAAAGGAUUUGCAAAUCAGUGUAUUCUGUUUAUAUUUACAUCUAACACCAUUUCCCAACUCAUAUGGAAACGGGGUUUGUAGUCUUGGACCUAGAUUGGUCACAUCUAGUCUUGGACUUGGAUUGUUCAGAUCUAGUUUUAGACGUGGGCAACAUACUCAUUUCUCUUCGAGCUGUCUUGGAUGAAAUUAAAUUCUUUUUUUCCAAUCAUUUUGGAACUUCCAAGCGUAUUUCUUCUUCUUCCUCGUCGUCGCCAUGUCUCCUCCGUGCUUCUGCUUCGUCUCCUUCUUGUUGUGUGUGCACAUGUGCACUGAGCUCCAAAAGCCGUAGAUGUUAUUGUAGCAUCCAGGAUGAGUAAGUGCUGCAAGGGGUUCUGGGUAUUUUAUUCGGUUGUGUUUAUGUUGUGUUACUGUGGAGAUGUUCUCCCGAAAUGUGUGUGUCAUUCUUGUUUGGUGUGGGUUGACAGUGUGGCGCAUAUUUGUAACAGUGUUAAAUUUGUUUAUACGCCCACCCUCAGUGUGACCUGUAUGGCUGUUGACCAAGUAUGCCUUGCAUUCACUUGUGCGUUAUCAUUAAA